GCGGCCCUCGUCCCGACAACCGCAUAGUCCGCGUGACCCAGUCCCCGUUAGCGCGCUCGCCCCCUUAGUCGGCGCAGUCACCGCGCGGGGCGGCCGCCCCUCAAGUAGCUACCACGGCUUGUGUCAACGAACAAAGCUCCGGGACAGCGGCGCCCUCGGCGACAGCUGGGAAAACAACUUGGUGCGCGUUUUGAGCGAGCAUCCGCCGGUUUAGGAAGUCAACGGACUGAGCAGCUUGCUUUUGCCACAUCUUCCUCAACUGUUUUGAAGAUUGUCCCACCUUAAAACCACCAUUGUACACAGACUCCUACUCAAGUAACAUCGUGCUCCAGCGAUGCAAAGGACUGAAGUCUCAAGCUGGAAAAGCCUGUGUUGUCUUCAUAACAGUACGAAAGAAUUCUAGAUAGGAAGGAAAGAAGGAAGCGAAUGAAGACUAUAAAAGAAAAGAAGGAACAUCCAAGAUUGAGAAAAACUGCCAGGACUAAGAAGGUAGCCCAGAAGAAGCUAUCUUCAGGUCCCGUUUGCCUGCUAUGCCUUCAAGAACCUGGUGAUCCUGAAAAACUAGGAGAAUUUCUUCAGAAAGACAGUCUCUGUGUGCACUAUUUCUGUCUUAUCCUAUCUAGCAAGCUGCCUCAGAAGGGCCAACCCAACAGAGGUCUCCAUGGAUUCAUGCCUGAAGACAUCAAAAAGGAGGCAGCCCGGGCUUCUAAGAAGAUCUGCUUUGUGUGCAAGAAAAAAGGAGCUGCUAUCAAAUGCCAGAAUGAUCAGUGUGUCAAAAACUUCCAUCUGCCUUGUGGCCAAGAAAGGGGUUGCCUUUCACAAUUUUUUGGAGAGUACAAAUCAUUUUGUGGAAAACAUCGCCCGACACAGGACAUCCAACAGGGGAGUCUGGGGGAGGAAAGCUGUGUUUUGUGUUGCGAAGACUUAUCCCAAACAAAUGUUGAGAAUAUCCGAAGCCCAUGUUGUAGUCAAGCUAUCUACCAUCGAAAGUGUAUCCAGAAAUAUGCCCACACAUCAGCAAAGCAUUUCUUCAAGUGCCCCCAGUGCAACAAUCGAGAAGAGUUUCCACAAGAGAUGCUGAGGAUGGGGAUUCACAUUCCAGACAGAGAUGCUGCCUGGGAACUGGAGCCAGGGGCUUUCUCAGAGCUGUAUCAGCGCUAUCAGCAUUGUGAUGCUCCCAUCUGUCUGUACGAGCACGGCAGAGACAGCUUUGAGGAUGAAGGGCGGUGGCGCCUCAUUCUGUGUGCCACGUGCGGAUCCCAUGGAACCCACCGAGACUGCUCCUCUCUUAGACCCAACAGUAAGAAAUGGGAGUGUGAUGAGUGUUCGCCUGCUUCAAGCACAGAUUACAUAUCUGAAGACUCAAGUGACAUCCCCUGCUGUAGCAGUACCUUCCAUCCCCAGGAGCAUUUCUUUGGGGCCACCAACCUGGAAGAGAAUCCAGGCUCUUCCUGGACUGAGUGGCUCCAAACGUCCUUAUUAGAAAAGCCUGAGUCCUCUGGUGGCAGAAGAAGCCACUCCUGGAGAUCCAAAGGAAUCAGAAUCACUAAAAACUGCAAAAAGUCCAAGUAACAGCUUCAAAGUAGUGGCUGCCCAGGACAGUGGAGUACAAAACAGCACUGGCACAUUGGUUUGGAGAGGUGGCACUUUGCAACCACGAGACAAAAGGGGCCAGCGGUGAGAUUACUAGCCAAGUGGAGAGGUCUCAGGAGGCUGAGAGUAGAACUGAACGAGUCUACAUGCCAACAGCUGAGCAUAAGGGCACCUCUGCUCUUUAUCCUCAAUUCUUUUCCUCUUCUACCAAGACUCUCCCACCACAGAUGGUUUUCACAUGCCUCUUCUUGCUUCUCUUGUUUGUUAUUUGCAAAUAAAGUUGUCUCUCCAGUGGCAGCUCCUUAUGAAA